GAUAAAACCAGUGUUGUGCACACAUUCAGUAAGUUCAUUAUGAGUGUCGUGGGUAUAUCACACGUGAUUAUGUUGAUUUGGAACAAUUGCUAGCUCGCUAACCUAGAUAAGCUCUCCUAACGUUAGUAACUGUGGGACUCUACUGUAACUGCCAGUUCAUUCUAAGAUAGCUGAAUUAGUUAUAUACAUUGAAGUGAAUAUUCAAUAACCUUGAUUUUACUGGGGAUUUUCUACCAAGAUGUCAAAGAAGUCCAAGAAGAAGAAGAAGCAGAAGAAGGAGAAGGAGACAAAUAAGUUAUCUUUUUCCUCCAGUGAGCAUUCGUCACAGAAGGAAAAGGGCACCAAGAAACGCAGUCGUGCAGAGGGGACGCACCAUGGCAGCUGUUCUGCAGAGGAGAAACGGGGGAGAGAGAAAAGAGUUAGCCACUCCACCCCAGGGAACAGUGCAGCAGGGAGCAGUCAUGAGAAAGACCGGGAGUUCAAAAAAGCUCUCUACAGACUGGAGAAAACAACGUCGCAGGGUGCAGCCGAGGGAAAAAACGCCUGUCCUCUUGGAACCCCUCCUCAGGACAGCUCUGUGAGGAAGAGUUUCCCCAGCCAGCAUGGGUCGGCUACCACCGGGGUCAAGACCGCAGACAGGGUGUCUUCCAAACCAGUCAGCAGUCUGAGCGCGAGUAAGACCAGGUCCCAAAAUGUGGAGAAGAUCCUUACGUUCCAGGGAAGCUCCAGUAAGCCAUCUGACAAGAGCCCCUCCAAAACAGCCUCGAGCAGACUGACGACCAGUCCCAGGUCCCUCAUGGCCCAGCUGAAGGAGCAGAGGAAGACGCUGGUGAAAAGGAGAUCCAGUCCUGAGGAGAAGCCUGGCAUUGGGAAGGACCACACCUCCCAAGGUAGGAGCUACCAGGACCCUCAACUGUCCCUUUCACUGGCUGAAGAGAUGAGGGAGAAGAGGAGGAAGCUAGUGAAGAGGAGAUCUGAAGAAGAAAAGGAGGAUGUUUUAAAGGCUAAACGGGACAAGAGUGGAGCAAAAUCCUAUAGUCUUCCCUCUAACAACACCACCACCACAAAGCAGUCCUCCACCUCUACUAAAAACGCUACCUUUGAGAAAAUCUCAAACACAGCAAGACAUAGGCCUACCACCCAAAAGCAGAGGAAUGUCUCUGAUCUGUCCAAAACAUCAGCAACAUCUAAGUCCACGUGUGCCGAGGUACAGAUGCCGCUACCCAAACCUCAGCCGCCUCUCAAUUUUAAGAUCCCAAAGAAGUCCAAACUUGUGCCACUGCCAGUUAAUAGAGCCAUCUGGGGGGGUGACCAGGAGGAUGAUAACGACAAUAAGCCCAUCAGUGCUAGAGUGAAGGUGGUGUCUCCUGCUUCUAGGCUUUCUCACCAGACAGGAAGUGCGUCCAAGCUUUGGACACCAAGGAGUGUGUCCAAAUCUCUGAACUCCAAAGACGGUGUGUCUGCUGCUGUGAACAGAAACAAGCAGCACAAAUGUGAAACGGUUCCAGAAUCUUCCAAAGGUUCUAAAGAAUUACGGCCCAGGUCAGCUCAGGGGAUGACAUCACCACCCUGUAACAGAACAACUUCCCCUGAAGAUUAUAUAGAAGUCUAUGAUAAUGACCAAGAGAUGCAGCUGGUGGAGGAGCUGCAUCUGGCCCGCAGUGAGAAGAGGCUGGAGCUGAAUGUGGUGGAGAUCUAUGGAGAACUCACCAGCAUGGACAUCGACCCAUCAGAGGAGGGCAUCACAUUCACACUCAGUAAAGAGGAGGAUCUUCAGCAGGAUCUGAUCAUUGUCCUGGACACCAACAUCCUUCUCAGUCACCUAGACUUUGUCAAGAAGAUGAGGUCACACGGCCUUGGAGCUCUAGGUCUCCCCACAGUGCUCGUACCCUGGGUGGUACUACAGGAGCUAGACUCUCUGAAGAACAGGAAGAGGCUAUCCAGCUCUGUAGCCCACCUGGCCACACCUGCCGUUCAUUACAUCUACACCUGCCUGAAGAGCCAGGAGCCUCGACUCUGGGGCCAGUCCAUGCAGCAGGCCUCUCAGAGCAGCCAGGGACUCAAUGCUGAGAAUAAUGACGACAGAGUGCUGCAGUGCUGCCUGCAAUACCAGAGUCUUUACCCAGAGGGUGCUCUCAUCCUUUGCACUAAUGAUAAGAACCUGUGUAGUAAGGCCUUGCUGAGUGGGGUGAAGGCCUUCGGUAAGGCUGACCUGUUGGAGGAGGUAGACAGGCUCAAAACGCCUGGUGUCCACAACCUGACCCCUGUCAGCACACAGACACAAACCCUCACCUGCACCCCGAGCCAGACCCGUGACCACCAGAAACCCAGCCUCUUCCCAGGCCGGCAGCAGAAUGAACAGAGCAGGAGUGAUGGAGGGAAAGAGAGAGAAAUGGAAGAGAAGAGAAAGAUGGCUGCAGAAGAGGCCCGGGAGCUGAGCAGCUGUGUGUCAGUACUGGAGGACUGUCUGAAAGAGGUGCUGUCUCAGGUGCUGGAGAUUGAGAUGAAGGCAGCCUAUGAAGAACUGUGGACAGAGAUUGUAUAUGUGAAACCGCCCUGGACUCUUGAAGACCUUCUGCAGUGUUUCAAGAAACACUGGAUCUCUGUUUUCGGCAACAUCGUCCCUCGAAAUCUGCAGCAAUCCCUGGAAAACCUUCACAACUACUUCUUCUCAGGUAAAUCAGUAGAGCAAAGCUCUACAGUGCUGGCUCUGUAUGAGUCUAGAGAGCUGCUGCAGGCCUUCGGCUGCAGGUCAGACUACGAUGGGCGUGUCCGACCGGCCCUCGCCUCCCUGAAUACCCUGCUGCAGAGGAUACUCCCUCAGCCAGAGAAAGUCUCAGAGGAGACCCACACCAGUGACGGUGACACCCUCAUGGCGGAGGAGGAGGAGGAGAAACAGACCACGCCUGCUCGAGUGUCACACCAGGAAGUGUGGGUGAUGUUUGAGAACAUCUGGAACAAUGUGUGUGGGAUCAGCUCUGCUGUUUUCGCCGCUCUCCGCUUUGACCCGGGCGCCAUAGAAACCAACCAGCCAGUAGAGGGUCCUCCCCUUCCCCAGGACGCCAUCUCCUGUCUGCACAGACUAUCUACUGCUGUCAGACAACUGCUACAUGCCUUCACCAGGGUUCUGUCAACAGACAGCUGUCUAGAAGAUGCCCAGGCUCUCCUCUCCUUCAUCCACUCCAGUGAGAUUGCUGCCAUGGAGCCCAGGUUCACUGCCAAAGACCUGUUGGACUGUCUCUCACAGCACGAGUACAGGGAGAAGCUGUGUGUGGGGGGGACCCAGUUGGCAGAGCUUAACAUCAGUCUAGAGCGCUGCGCUGAGGCCACGUCCCGGCAGGUCACACCAAGCACCUGGCCCUGAUUGGACCACAACCAGGAAGUUUGGACUAAAACAUCCUACCAGAGGCCUCAAAUUGCAUCAUAUCACAACUCAACAACUUUACUUGAAGCCACUGUUUUCAUAUGGAGCUGACCUAUUUCAUUCAGCACCUUUUCUGACUUAAUUUAGUUUCUUGUGUGUGGAUGUUGGUGUAGAGCAGUGGUCAGUGGAUAAAGCCUUGUGUUCCUAUUUUCUUUAUUUAUGGGCUGCUUCCCAAAUGCCCAAUAGGGCUCUGGUCUAAAGUAGUGUACUAUAUAGGGAAUAGGGCUCUGGUCUAAAGUAGUGUACUAUAUAGGGAAUAGGGCUCUGGUCUAAAGUAGUGUACUAUAUAGGGAAUAGGGC